AUGCUUCCUAAACCUCUCGACAGUCCAUAUACCUCAUGCUAUUGCGAGGAAAACAUAUAUUUCCUUGUGCGUCGGUUUCUGGAACAAGCGCAGGUGAAAACUACAUGGGAUAUUUUUGCUGUCAUUAUAUCGAAUGUGACCAAGACGGUUGCGCUUUGGAGUCAACUCAAGGCACCUGCUGCAAACACAGCAGUAAUUUGGGAUUAUCAUGCCAUCUUGGUUCUGCGCAGCCGAAUGGGGUCUCAUUGUCGGUUGCUCAACAUGACGCCGAGCAUCGAAGAGGAAACUUGGAUCUACGAUUUCGAUUCUAUCUUAGAGAUGCCUAGUCGUUGGGAAGAGUAUGUUGAGAAGACUUUCCCACCAGAUUCAAACAUACCACCACAGUAUCGGUGUCUUUUCAGGGUUGUAUCUGGAGAAGAGUACUUGCAUUAUUUUGCAUCGGACAGAUCUCAUAUGUUAUUUCCCGCGACCGACUCAUCGAUCGAGUAUAUUUCUCCCCCGCCUCCUUACCCUGUUAUUUGUGGACCCCUGACUGCUGCGCACGGUUUCGCCAACAACCUCAUGACACAUUUUGUUUCAAUGGAGUCGACAUCUAAAGGAUACGGGACAGUGACGGAUCGAGAGGCGUUCGUUAGCUGGUUGCUCAGAAGUGUGAUCAUAAACUUGUAG